AUGGCUAUCGCGCUCCUCACGCUCGCCCUCCUCGCCCAACUCGCCUUCGGAGCGCAGAAAGAUGGCGUCGAUAAACGCCAGACGUGCCCUUACGGACAGGGCUACUUUUCUCCCUGUGGUGGUUGCUGCGACAACCUAGGCACAGCAGGCUGCUACGCCCCAGUCGAGGGCCCGGACGCCGGAGAAUGGGCGUGCUAUCCGUAUCCGCCCGGUGAAGUCGUGGCGACGAUCUUUGUUUCGAGUGCGGUGGGGGGAGGGAGUAGCGCGACCUAUCCCUCUCCUUCUGCUUCGGGGAGCGCGGGAGUCGGUGGUGAGAGUUCGUCGACACCGUACUAUUCUCCUACAUCGAGCUCGUAUGGGUCGUCGUCGACGGGUGGUGGGGCGUAUACGUCAUCCUCGCCUUCAUCACCGGGGUAUGGGAGGGGCUCCUCCAACGUAUUUGGGGGAGGGUCGAGCACGAGCUAUGGUGGUGGCGGGAUGGUGCCGACUACGACUCAGAGCUUUGGGUUUCCCUCGACGACGGCGGACGGGGCUGGGGCAGCGUCUUCGAGUGGGCUGCCGCCGGCUAUUGGCGGCGCGAGAGGGGUGGGUGGGGUGAGCUCGGGGUUGGGGUUGGUGAUGGGGUUACUCGGAGCUGUUCUUUGGGCUUGA